AAGUUUGUCUCUUCUCGGAAUAAAGGUGUUUGCCAGUCCCUGCAGCCCAUCUGCCGGUCUGCCGACAUGAAGUAUCUGAUUCUGCUCGCCGUUCUCCCGUGGGUCGCGGCUCAGCAUACAGGCUGCUCCCACGGCGUCGCCAGCUCCGCACAAAUUGCAAUAGCGAGCGACAGAUUCCGUUAUUCAGACCAUCUGCAUGAACUCGGACACCUGCAGAACCUGAUCGAGAACUUUAGGAAGCAGAACUAUAACGUCCACCUGUUCCUCACUCAUUACUCGUUUGUGACGAAGAAGCCGCACGUGGACCACGUGAAUUACACGCUAAAGAACCAAGGAAUCCCAGAGUUUACCAAAACAUCGGUGUGGGAUUUCUUCCGCGGAACUCCCCGUUCCGGCAAAAAACCUGCCCAGAUCUAUAUUAUUCUGAGUUCUUUUACCUCUUACGGGUUCCACGCCCCGGUCUGGGAGCUGCGGAGACAGGGGAUCGAAAUCUUCACCGUACAAUACGACAAAAUCAAAGAUGUAGAGAGGGAGAAGGUGGCCUCCUUCCCACCGGACACCCACGUCUACAGCUGGCGCCACCAUGACCAUCCAGAGACGCUCGUAUCAGAAUUAACCCGAGCCGUCUGCAUGAGCAUCGAACGGAACGAACGCAAAGCAAAGAAAGCACUUUUGCCCCAGGUCAGGCUGGUGAAUGGUACGGGCCCCUGUGACGGGAGAGUGGGAGUGCUGUACAAUGGCACCUGGGGCUGGCUGAGUGACGAGGACUGGACGAGACGGAGCGCCGACGUGGUCUGCAGACAGCUUCGUUGUGGUCCCUCUGUGGAAGCCCUGAAAGGAGACGCGUUCGGAUCCGGAGGUGGCCACAUUCUACAAGCGGUGGCUUGCACUGGGUACGAGAAAGAUAUUUCUCAGUGUCUGCUGGGAGUCUGGGCCGAGGAAGCCCCAGGAAGCCAUGGAAGGGCAGGUGUGGUCUGCUUGCCUUCAGGGGUUGGUGAUGUUAGUCUGGUGAAUGGUUCUGGUCCCUGCGAUGGGAUAGUAGAAGUUUCACUCAAUAACCACCCCAGUAGAGUCUGUAGUUGGAACUUUGACCUGCUGGAGGCUGCGAUAAUCUGCCGGCAGCUGGGAUGCGGAUCCCUGCAACACGUCCAAAUGUAUCGGGCCGAACCCGACGCCAAUAUCAUAACCGUGGAGAAGCUGAUCUGCUCCGGUUCAGAGUCCAAGCUGUCGGAAUGCGGGGCCAGCCUGUGGAGACCCGAGACCUGCUACCUGAACAUCCACGCAGGGAUUACCUGCUCUCCAUCAGACCUCACAGGGGUUCGUUUAGUCGGUGGCAGCAGCACCUGCUCCGGCCGAGUGAAGGUUCAGAUCAACGGCACCAGUGGCCCUCUCUGUGCAGACGACUGGACCCUGGCAGAAGAUGUUGUGGUUUGCCGGGAAGCAGGAUGUGGUCCAGCGAUAAAAAUGAAGCAGAAGUGGAUAACGCGGCCCCCGAAGGCCAGGGCCAACCUGCAGAGAUUGUUUUGUGCUGGGAAUGAGCCCAAUCUGUCACGCUGUGCGGCCGUGGCCUCCAAGGGGUAUGACUGUGACUUCCUGGAAGCCGAGGUCCUGUGUUCGCAGUCAGGAAUCUCCAACGUGACCUUGGUGCAGGGGAAUAGUCCGUGCGAGGGCCGGGUGGAGGUUUAUCACAAGGGGCAAUGGGGCACAAUCUGCGAUGAGGAGUGGGACUUGGGGGACGCCAAUGUGGUGUGUCGACAGGUGGGAUGUGGAUCGGCACUGGUGGCACCUAAAGGAGCUGUCUUUGGCCAAGGAUCAGGACCUGUGUGGCUGGAGAAAGUUUUCUGUAACGGUUCCGAGUCUCUCUUGUCCCAUUGCGGGGCCCUGAUAUCAAGAGUAGGUGGUUGUGACCAUGCGCAAGAUUCCAGCGUUAUAUGUGCAGAAAGGAUAAAGCCGUGACCUCACAAGAGCCGCUGCGUGACGCACUGCCUGGGCGCUGAUUUCCUGCACGCAACUUCUGGUCUCGUUCAACCAAGGCAGAAAACUAGCUUUACAUGUCAGCGGCAUUUACAUGAUUGUCAUACAUGAUAAACUGUCAAUCACGGAUAAAACUG